UCAUACCAGUUUUAUUUACAGAUGUAAAGUGCAUGUUUAUAACCAUUUGUUUCCAAAAUGUCAUUUAUAACCAGCUUUAACCCUUUUGACUUUACAAAAAAUUUUGCAUUUGGACUUGGUCUUGGAGUUGGUAUUGGUGUCAUAGUUCGCCGAGUUAUGCAUGAAAAAAUGAAGCAUAAAGAACUUCUCAUUUCGUGUUUAAAACAGCUGACUACUGAAGUUCAGCAACUUCGUGAAACCAUUCUUUCUAUGGCUAGAGACUUAAACAAUCAGUGUGCUAGCUUGAGUGAUAGCGAAGAAUACUUUGAUGCAAAUAAUCCACCUUGUACGGAAAGUUUAUCUGAAAAUCUUCAAUUUUUUGUCAAAGAAGUAGACAGCUUAAUUGAUGGCGAUGAUGAGCAGCAAGUUAAAGCUUACAACUUGCUUUUAAAUAAAACAAAACAGAUACCAGACAAUGUUGAUUUAUUAUGGCGUUAUGCUAAAUCGCAGUAUCGCAUUUCCUGCCAAAAAGAAAAAAGUGGGGAUCAUUUACAACAUAAGAGUCUGAUAGAUGAAGGUAUUAAAACUGCUGAAAGAGCUCUUCACAUAAAUGACAAUUGUUAUCAGGCCCACCAGUGGUUUGCUGUUCUUAUUGGCACCAACAUUAAGUUCCAGGAGACAAAACAAAAAUUUUUGUUAGGUAACAUUUACAAGGCGCAUAUAGAAAAAGCUAUUUUAUUAAACCCUGAUGAUGCAGCAUCUUACUACUUUCUUGGAAGAUAUUUGUAUGAGAUUUAUAUGCUUCCUUGGUAUAUUCGAAAAGCUGCUGCUGCAAUCUUCUCUGAGACUCCAACUGCUACUGUAGAUGAUGCUCUUCAAUGCUUUUUAAAGGCAGAACAGUUAAAAUCUGGAUACUCGAUGGGAAACUCAUUCUAUUUAGGAAAAUGUUAUUACUACAAAAACUGUUUACCUGAAGCAAGAAAAUGGUUUUUUCAAGUCACUUCUGCUGUACCAAUGUCUGAUGAGGAUGAAAGCUUUCAUAAAGAAGCCACGGAGCUGCUUAAAAAACUGUGAAAAGCAUUUGAAAGUGAUCUUUAAUCAAGUUUUUUUUUUUUUUUUUGAAAAUAUUUAUAAAAAUAAAUUAUGUACAUAGUAAGAUGAUAUGAAAGUCAAAUUUUUUGGA